UUUUUGUGUCUAAUAUUAGAAAUUCUAAAUCAUUUCAACAUUUUUUAACAAAGUAAAGGAACAAUUUUAGUUUGGUUUGUUGUCUGUUCUUCAAAAAGAUUUAGGAGGGUAGGUUUAUGGCAUAUGGGCGUUAGCAUGGGCGUGAGCGUAAAUCAGAAUUCUAUAUUCUGAAUCCACUGAAAUUCAAAAAUAAAUCGGGAAAUGUAAGAAGUAUCUGCGCAUGCUUGUGUUGUGAAAUAGAAAGUUAAAAAAAUAACAACAAAAAAGCAGGAAUAGCAAUAGCAACAGAACUGUAGUAUACGAGGAAGUUUUAACUAUGACUCUAACAUAUUUUGAACCACAUUUAUCAACAUCAUGAGAGAACAGUCUAACUGCAGAAAAAUGAAUCAACAAGAGUUUUUUCACACUGACAAAAAUAGUACCAACAUUUUGACUGAAGACAAAUCCAAGAAACUUCAGAAAGAAGGAGAUGAUUGUAAGAAAGAGGUUGCUGUACGAACUUUCAAAGUUAUAGUCAUUGGUGAUUCGAAUGUUGGCAAAACAUGUUUAACAUUACGUGCAUGUGCAGGAAAGUUUCCAGAACGAACAGAAGCUACUAUUGGAGUGGAUUUUAAGGAGAAAAAAAUUAUUAUUGGGGAAGAAGACAUAAAGUUACAAUUAUGGGAUUCUGCUGGUCAAGAGCGAUUUCGUUACAGUUUAGUUCCGCACUAUUACCGAAACGUACACGCAGUUAUUUUUGUGUAUGACGUCACGAGAAAGUCGUCUUUCGACAACUUGCAAAAAUGGUUAGACGAGUUCCACUGUAAUGUUGGCUCGGUGAGGUAUAUUCCACAAUUGAUUAUUGGAAAUAAAUGCGACCUGCAUGCUGACAGGGAGGUGCGUACCAGUGAAGCAAAAGCACUGGCCAACUCGUAUGGGCUUCCCAUUUGGGAAACUUCAGCAAAAAGUGACUUAGAAGUAGAUACAAUAGAGUCUAUAUUCCAAUCUUUAGGAGAGACGUUAAAACUGAAAACUCCUUUACUCGAAUUCCCACCACAUUAUUCUUCAGUAAUAAAAUUUCAAAGUCAGAAAGGACUCAGAGUGAAUGAGUCAUUAUCUGCGUCUUCAGAAUCGUUACCAAGGAGACAGAAGAAAGCUUUUCAACGGAAAAGUUUUAAAAAGAAAGAAGGCAACGAGAAACAUAAUUGCUGCAAAGUUGGAUGAUAAAUAAUUAUAUUACAUUUAUAAACUAUAAUAGUCUCCUAUGGAGAGAGGGUUAUUAUUCUUUUUUUAUCCUUAAACAUCAUACUUUUUAUAUUUUUUCAUAAGAGCUGCAAAAUUUGGGGAAUGAAAUAAUAAUACUUUAGGUUCGAAAACAUCACUAAAAAGCAUGCUAAUUUUUUCUUUGUUUUUUUCUCUCCUUUCCUUGGUGGUUUCAAGAAUGAUUUCAGACUGUAAAGUUGUUCUUAUCUAAAAAAAUUAGUUUGUAUAAAUACUUAUUCCAAUAUAGUAUGUCUGUUAAGUAUAGAACUGUCUUAAAGAUGUUACAUGCUUUGACAAAACGAUUCAUGUAUACAAUAUAGCAAAAUAUUACAUUUUCACACUCAUACAUAGCUAUGUCUUAUACACCUAGCUUCAUUUAGAAUAUAUUAAUUUAUUCUGUUCUGUUUAAGCAAAAGUUUAUUACGCAUAAUAAGACCUAUUUUGUGAGUGUAAAUUUAUUAGUAUAGCAUAACAUGUAUAUUUAACAUAAGGAUGAUAUUCGGCUAAGGAAAGUUGGAUAGUUCUUCUUUUGCUCACAGCAAAUAUAGGGAUUUUUACAGUAAAACCAUGGCUGACAUCGUUUAUACACAAAAUGUAUUUUAGUUUAAGUUUUAUUUUUUACUAAUGAAAAUGAUCGCCUACGGUACACCAGCAUUGAUGCAAUUGUACACCAGCACUGAUGCAAAAAAAUGUAUUUUUGUUCAAGUUCAUUUUUUUUGCUAUUGGUAACGUUUGCCGUUGGUCACCAGCAUUGAUGCAAUUGUACACCAGCACUGAUGCAAUUGUAAAUUGCGCAUAGCACCAAUAUGCACGUAUUCUGUUGUUUAUGUUUUAUUCAUGAUUGUAAAUCGAUUUAAUUUAUAAAAUUAAAAAUAUUUUUACCAAUUUCUAUUAAAAAUUUGUAUAUAGGCAUUUUUCUUGUUGUAUUGCUUUUUUAUUAUUUGCAAAUUUAUCAAACCUUGCUACUU